CGAAGUCAGUAGCAGGCGAUAGCAAAUGGGGCAAGGGUUGGCAUGGCAACAAGGGAGUGGCAUGCCAGGCUCCUCCCCACAGCUUGUUGGCGGGAGAAUGGCUGAGCAAUGAGGUGACGUGCGGGAUCCAAGCGAGGCAAAAAUUGAAAGGACACGGUAACUGUUCUCAAGCAAGUUGGACUUGAUUUUAAGUGGAUAAAUUCUAACCAAAUGAAAGAGUUAAGCAGCCCUUAAUUUGGAAAGCCAAGAUGGAAAACAAGAGGAAGGUUUCCGUGAGAAGCAUUGGUAUUGGGGACUUUACCCCAUCACAACAGAAAAGGCCAAGAGGAGGAGACUGGGAUGAAGAUGGUCCUUCACAAUUUGAAGAAGAGCUGGCUUUUCUGGAUGAGGUGGAGGCUGAGGUGGCUCUAGAAAUGAAAGAAGCACAGUUAUCAUCUGAUGCCAUUCCCCUUGGUAACCUCUUCUCAUCAGUACACAACCCCAAGUGGCAGAGGCCUCUGCCUCCCAAAAUAAAUCCCAAAGAGGCAGGCCUGUGUUUCCAGCAAGUGGAACUAGACUAUUAUGUGGGCUCUCACAUCCCUGGAUUCCCUGGUUGUACCCAAGGUUCUGUACCUGUCCUGCGAAUGUUUGGUGUCACUGCAGCUGGCAACAGUGUCUGUUGUCAUAUCCAUGGUUUUGCACCUUAUUUUUAUGUACCUGCUCCACAUGGAUUCCAAGCAGAGAAUCUGGCUGAAUUUCAACGGGAACUGAAUUCAGCUGUGAUCCGGGACAUGCGGUCCAACAAGGAUGGUUUGAACCAAGUUGUUCUGGCAGUGGAGAUCUGCAAAAAACAGAAUAUGUAUGGUUUUCAUGGACCACAUCUCUUAUCCUUCCUGAAAAUUACAAUGGCACUGCCUCGGCUAAUUGCUCCUGCCAAGAGAUUGCUGGAACAAGGGCUGCGAUGUGGAACACUGGGGACACACAAUUUUCAAGCCUUUGAAGCCAAUAUUGAUUUUGAAAUCAGGUUCAUGGUAGACCGGGAUAUUGUUGGCUGUAACUGGAUUGAAUUGCUUGCUGGAAAGUAUCGCCUGCGACAAGAAGAGUCUGCUGGAGAAUCUGAUAAGGAGAAUCCACGCAAGGUGUCACUCUGUCAGUUGGAAGCUGAUGUGGCUUGGAUGGAUUUCAUUAGCCAUCCACCUGAGGGAGAAUGGCAACGUAUAGCUCCCUUGCGUGUCCUCAGUUUUGAUAUUGAAUGUGCUGGACGUAAAGGCAUUUUUCCUGAACCUGAGAAGGACCCAGUAAUCCAAAUUGCCAAUAUGGUUCUACGUCAGGGUGAAAAGGACCCUUUUGUGCGUAAUGUCUUCACACUACAAAACUGUGCCCCCAUUGUGGGCUCUCAAGUGCUUUGCUUCUCAAAGGAGGAUGAACUUCUUAAGACUUGGGCAGAAUUUAUACGAACUGUAGAUCCUGACAUCAUCACCGGCUAUAACAUCCAGAACUUUGACCUUCCUUAUCUCCUCACCAGAGCCCAGACUCUCAAGGUCAUCCCAUUUCCCUUCCUGGGUCGUAUUCUUUCCCGCAAGUCUGUCAUCCGUGACUCUUCCUUUCAGUCUAAGCAGAUGGGACGGAGGGAGAAUAAAGUCAUUAACAUGGAAGGCAGAGCCCAAUUUGAUCUACUUCAGGUUUUAUUGAGGGAUUACAAAUUACGCUCCUACACAUUGAACGCUGUCAGCUACCACUUCCUGCAGGAGCAGAAGGAAGAUGUCCAGCAUUCUAUUAUUACAGACUUGCAGAAUGGUUCAGAUCAAUCACGUCGGCGACUGGCUGUGUACUGCCUCAAGGAUGCCUAUCUGCCCCUGCGGCUUUUGGAGAAGCUCAUGUGUGUCAUCAAUUACAUGGAGAUGGCAAGAGUCACUGGGGUACCUCUUGGCUAUCUCCUAGCCCGGGGGCAACAAAUCAAAGUGGUGUCCCAACUUCUGCGGCAGGCUAUGAAGCAGAAUCUGGUGAUGCCAGUGGUGAAGACAGAAGGUGGGGAGGACUAUGCAGGUGCAACUGUCAUUGAACCUCUGAAAGGCUAUUAUGAUGUGCCAAUUUCAACCUUGGACUUCUCCUCAUUGUACCCUUCAAUCAUGAUGGCUCACAAUCUGUGCUAUACUACUCUUUUACAACAGGGGGCAGUUGAGCGCUAUGGGCUUUCCCCAGAGCAGUUCAUUCGCACCCCUACGGGGGACCAUUUUGUGAAGUCAUCUGUUCGUAAAGGUCUUCUGCCUGAGAUUUUGGAAAACUUGCUGGCUGCUCGUAAGAGGGCCAAGCUAGAAUUGAAGCAGGAGACUGACCCAUUUAAGCGACAGGUGCUGGAUGGACGGCAGUUGGCUCUCAAGGUCAGCGCCAAUUCUGUUUAUGGAUUCACUGGGGCCCAAGUAGGCAAACUACCUUGCCUUGAAAUAUCACAGAGUGUGACUGGAUUUGGGCGUCAGAUGAUUGAGAAAACAAAGCAACUGGUAGAAUCCAAGUACACUAUUGCCAAUGGAUAUAAGGCUGAUGCAAAGGUUAUAUAUGGGGACACAGAUUCAGUGAUGUGUCGUCUGGGUGUGGAAUCAGUUGCUGAAUCCAUGGAAAUAGGCAGGGAAGCAGCAGCCUGGGUCUCCAGCCAUUUCAUUCCACCCAUCAAAUUGGAGUUUGAGAAGGUAUAUUUUCCAUAUCUCCUGAUCAAUAAGAAGCGCUAUGCUGGCCUGUACUUUUCCUCCAAUUCUGAUAUGCAUGACAAGAUGGACUGCAAGGGCAUUGAGACUGUGCGUCGAGACAAUUGCCCCCUGGUGGCAAACCUUAUCAACACCUGUCUACAGAAGCUGCUCAUAGAUAGGGACCCUUCUGGGGCUGUCACCCAUGCCAAGGAAGUGAUCUCGGACCUGUUGUGCAACAGAGUUGACAUUUCACAGUUGGUGAUCACCAAGGAAUUAACACGCACUGCAGAUGAAUAUGCAGGGCGCCAGGCUCAUGUGGAAUUGGCCGAGAGGAUGCGUCGGCGAGAUCCUGGCAGUGCUCCCAACUUGGGAGAUCGAGUUCCUUAUGUUAUUAUCAGCGCAGCCAAGGGUGUUGCAGCGUACAUGAAAUCUGAAGAUCCCAUCUAUGUGUUGGAGAACAACUUGCCUAUUGAUACCCAGUACUAUCUUGAGCAACAACUAGCUAAGCCUCUCUUGCGUAUCUUUGAGCCUAUCUUGGGAGAGGGCAAAGCUCAGAAUGUUUUACUGAAGGGAGAACAUACUCGCUGCAAAACAGUAUUGACAGCCAAAGUUGGAGGACUCAUGGCUUUUGCAACUAAACGAAGCACCUGCAUCGGUUGCCGGGCUGUGCUCAACCACCACGGUGCUGUGUGCAAGUUCUGCCUGGCUCAUCAAUCUGAACUUUACCAGAAGGAGGUGACCCAUCUAAGCUGUUUGGAAGAAAAGUUCUCUCGUUUAUGGACACAAUGUCAGCGUUGCCAAGGGAGCUUACAUGAAGAUGUACUGUGUACCAGUCGUGACUGCCCCAUCUUUUACAUGCGGAAAAAGGUUCAGAAGGAUCUUGAUGAUCAAGAAUUGCUGAUUUCCCGCUUUGGCCCCCCUACUUGGUGAUUGCUCAUUCUCAUCUGACGGGAAUCAUAUAUAUCUGUUUACAUCUAGAAUUAAGGCGCAGCCACAUUUAAGAAACUGUCAGGGGAAAAUUACUGGCAUUGGCACUAUUCUGCAUUAUAAACCCCAUUAUCAGAAUUUGGGAGGACACAAACUGCAUAUUGCAGAAGAAAUAUAGCUUGGCUCCAAAAAGCUCCUUGUAGAGUUGUAUGUUUGUAAUAAAUUUCUACUAAUAAAAAUUAGCUCUUUUUCCUGCA